AUUUCAAAAAAAUACUUUUUUGUUAUUUUUUGAAUCGUGUCACAUAUUAAUAUUUUGUAAUAUUAGGUUGAUUGUAAUAACUAUUAUUGAAUUUUAAUUUUAUUUUUUUGUUCCACCCCUGAACUAAAACAAGAUAUCAAUGUUGCAUACUAUUCCCUUAUUACUUCUAAUUUAACAUGAUUCUAGGCUCCUCAAUUUUAAACUCGAGUGAAUCUUCCAGUGAGUCUGAUAAAGAAUUUGAGUUUAAGACAAAAUCGCACUUGCUCAUUUCCGAUGUUUCCUUAAAUCCCGAAAAAGGGUACGAAAUAGUCUUCCUUCCAAGUCCUAGUAAUCCUUUAGACCCUGAUUAUUUUGUUUUUUGCAAUAAUAAAUUUUAUAGGCUCCGGGGAAUAAUCCCAAAUCUUAACCCUGUAAAUUUUUUUGUUUGUAAUAUUUUAACUUCAAUUGAUUUCGUUUAUGCCACUUUCGAUUUUGAUGUAAUAUUUAUUUUUAUUUCAAUUCUAUAUCAAGAUAAAAAUAAGUAUUUAACCAUGGUUUCCAGGAUAAUUGAGUUCUACUCGGGGAAAUCUGGAGACUACACAUUGACCAACUUACAGUCUUCUGCAAUGUAUCUGUGGCAAAACAAUGUAAAUAAGGUGAAGGAUAGAAUGAAGUACUUGUCUGACGUUAUGGAAUCUUCAGAUGGGAACGAGUUUCUCUUUAAGCCGAACGAUUUGAAACUUACACAUUUGCUCAAGUUUAAGGUUAAAAAUAUGGUUAAAUACGCCAUUGGUAAUAAUAUUUUUAUCUCAACAUAUUCGAAUAUACAAACUAAUAAAUCACAAACCCAUCGCAAAAAUUUAGUAAGAAUUGAUGAGAGUAUGUGCAGAAGAUUCUGUUGGUCAAUUAUAAAAUCGUUAUUAUCCCCUACUGCUUUCAAGCAUAUUAUACCAUCUGAUAUUCUGGACACCAUUUCUAAGCCUAUUAUAAUCCCAAGGAACCCCCAAAUGAUUACUACAAAGUCUAAACGACCUAAAAUUAAACAUAUCCCCAAAGGGACUUCAACCAUCACUUCCUUUUUUAAACCAAAGUAAUACAUUGUACAUAUA